AUGGCCAGUCCAAGCAAUGGAGUUCCCAAGAUUGUUUGGAUGCUUUGGUUCCAGGGAUGGGAGCGGGCACCUCACGUCUGCAAGAUGUGCAAGAAGUCGUUCGAACUGUGGAACCCUGGUUGGGAAGUACGUGCUCUCGAUGAGCAGUCUCUUCCCGACGUGCUCGGUGAUUACUGCAAGCAGUUCACGGAGAUUUGCAAGGCCAACAAUCCCCUGGCUGGUCUUGGCCUCUCCUGGAUUCCGCCUGCUGCCGCUGCAGAUGUGCUGCGGCUUUUCUUGUUGAUCCGUUACGGAGGCGUCUGGGCUGAUGCCACAGUCCUUUGUCGACGACCGCUUGAUGAGUGGAUCCACGCUGCUGCGGCUCCUGCAGAUGGCUUCUUUGCAUUCGGACCGGAGAAAGGCGAGGAAAUUCCGAUCAUGAGCAGCUUCCUGGCCAGCCGGGCACAGCAUCCGCUGCUAGAGGCCUGGCAAGAGAAACUACAUCGUCACUGGAAGAUGCCAGCGAAAGAGCGGCCUAACCUGGAAUACUUCUGGUUUCAUGUGCUCUUCGGCAAGCUGGUCCAGGAGAAUGCUACCGCCAAAGAUUUGUGGCAACGCGCUCGGAAAAUGGCGGCAGAAUACAAGCAGCCGGGUCCGCACCGCUUCAUGCCCUAUGAGGAGGUUCUGGUGAAGCCGCCGGAUGAAGAGUUCAAGCGGCAAGUUGAGAACGUCGAGGAAGAGGAGCCUGUUCUGAAAUUGACGAUCCACGAUGUGAAAUACAACAGGGAGGGUCGCGAUGUUCUGCACCAGCGAGAUGGAUCUGAUUUUCGUGUGAAAGCAUCUCAAUCCAGUUUCGAGUAUUUGAUGCAGCGGACGUUGGAGAAGGCACGCUUGCACCACGCCGACGCGCCCGAAUGCAUGGCUUGGAAGCCAGAAGCUGGGGCAUAUCGCAAAGAGUAUGGCCACGCAGAUGAUGCGGUGCUGCUCCAGAAUAUGCCGGAGUCGCGGCGCUCGCAUGCUAGUGUGCUGUUCAUAUGGCUGGCAGUUGCAGUGGCCUGCUGUGUGGAGGUUUGGGUAUGUGCUGGUGCCACCGCUGGCGUGUCCUGGUUGUCCGGGUAUCUCAUGGAACUCCUUUACUCAGCAGACCAUGUCUUUGUGAUGCAGCUGGUGUUCAGUAGCUUGGAUACACCCCACCGGCUGAUGAGCAAGGCUCUCUACAUUUCGAUGAUCAGCACCAUGACAUUCCGCUUCCUCGGCUUUGUCUGUGGCGGGCACUGGAUCACUCCGGUUGCCAUCCGAGCUUCGUCUUGGAUGCUGGGUUUUGGACUAGUAUACGCAGGAAUCUGCAGGCUUGGAAGCAUCUCGCACGGCGUUUCGGAGUGCAUGGUGCUGCGGCUCCUGCGAAGCCUCAUGGGCGAGCGCCUGGCAGAGUUCUAUGACGAAGAGGGCGAGGCUUGGCUUGUGGAGGUGAAGGGCAAGGUUCGCAUGACUUUACUCGGUGUGGUGCUGAUCUGUCUCGUUUCGCUGAAUUUUGCCUUGAACUUCGAUGUUGUCCUAGCCAAGUCCGAAGCAUCGCAAGAUGCUUUCCUGAAUUUCAGUUCGUCGGCGUUGGCUUUGUUUGCCAUUCGCUCACUGUUCUUCGUCGUGCGGGACUUUUUCAACAUGUCCAACCUCACCAGAUCCACCUUCGCCGUGGUAUUGUUGCUAAUGGGUUUGGAGAUGCUUGGUGGCCACGCAGUGUACGUGAGUGCUCUGAUCUCCAUCGUUGUGUUUGCCUGCAUGCUGGUUCUGUCGGUGGGAAUCUCUUCGCUUCAGCACCCGAUCCCCAAGAUGCCCUUGUCGGACCUGCACUCAUUCUGA